CGAGUGCAAUGCCGACCUCAUGUGAGUCCUGUUACAAGCAUAGCGUGCAAGCCUUGUCACAGUGCAAUACAGUUGUGUGAUUGAUUGGAAGAGGUUGACCAUGGCAGUGCUGAUCUUGCCGCUCGCGCCCUUGCAGGCAGCAUAAUGGGCGCCAAACGCAAGCUGCAAUCUCCCGCUGCCACAAACAGUCGUAAGCGAGCCAAAGGCAACAUUCCAGUACCGCCUGCAUCGCCACAUCCGCAUGGCGACGUGGAUCCAGGCAAGUUCUACCAAGCCCGGAAAAUCUUAGACGAAGAUCGAACCCGCUACUACAUUGACUGGGAGAACGACGAAGUGACCGGAGCGGCCUACGAGCCAACGUGGGAACCAAAGGCACACGCAAACCGCCAACUAAUCGACGAGUGGAAGCGACAAAAAGCUCGCGGGGCCCCGCCGCCACCGAGUCCUAUCGCUGAGCCAGUAUCACCGGAGCCGCAGCAUAGGAAGUCGCGAGGUAGGCCGAGAAAGGUUGUGCUAAGCUCGCCUGAGACUCCGUCGAAGUCGCAGCGGAGAGCAAUCCCGCAGCAGACCGAGAAGCAAGCCCAAGUGGAAGCACUUCCUGCAGAAGUGACAGCAGUCUCGGAGCCCGAAAUCGUCGAGUCGCAACAAGCCGUCGUAACUGCGGAAGCAGAGAAAGACGCUAACAGUCCACUCUUCGAACCCGAGGUUGCGAUCUCAUCACCCCCAUCGAGCUACCAGGCUGGCGAAUACCAGAAGUUUACUUCUUCCUCGCAGGCGGCACCAAGCUCCGGCAGUGCACUGUUGCAAAAGUCUAGCAAGCAGUCAUACUCUGUACCGGUCAACUUUGGCGAGAGUUCAAGUAAGGUUAUACCGGAUUCGCAGACUCUGGUAGACCUCUCCAGCUCUGCACCAGCUGCAGGGGGUGUCGACCUUCCCGCUCCUGAGGACUCUCCGGCGGAGGCGCUCGUUGAACGGGCACCGGCGGAAAGCCUUACCAGCUCGGCACUAGUCGCGACUGCAGCUGGGGAGCCUGGUCUGCUUUUCGAGGAUCCACCGCCUCCCUUUGCAGGAGCGGGAGCUGCGAGUGCCUCGAGUGAACGACCUGCACCGAACCCUGAAGAGACGCCCACAGCUCCAACAAGCUUUCAACAAGAAAACGCACUGCAAGGUGAACAAGAGCCAUUUGCACCGCAAACCGACCUUUCAGCUCUAAGCGAGAAAGCAUUGUCGGAGCCGCGAGAGCAGGCCAACGGCUUCUUGAGGGAGAAGCAGGAGCCCACGGCCUCGGGAAGCCGGCCUCAGGGCAACGACGAGACACAAGAAACGUCUUCUUCGCGUUUCCAGACUCAGAUCCCACUCCUGGAAAGCGAUCGCAAUCUGCAGCAAACACCACAUCGCGCCGGACCCAUUGGACGAUCGCCCGCUGUCACUGGUAUCGCGUCCAGCCCACCACUGAAUAGGUCUCUGAACCUGUUAUCACCGACUCAACUGUCAAGUCCAUUAGCGUCGGUACCGAUCUAUUCGAUCCGAACAAUUGGCGAGAGCGCGCCAAUCCGGCCGUCUACACCCUCCAGCUUUAUGAGCACAUCUCCACUUCGCCUUGCAUCAGCGGCGAAGAUGUCUUCACAGGAGUCGAAGGCGAGCUUAUCUGCCAAGCUGAAAGCCAUUCGCGCGCCAAAGCUACACCAAAACGGCAUGUCUGUGCUGUCGCAGGACAGCAGAGCCGUGGAAACAUCUGCCUCCUCGCACGACGCACAUACGUCGCCACUGCCGCCCAAGCUCGUCGCAUCGCUAGAGCUGCUCGACCAGGAUCGGCGGUCUCCCUCGGCCGUACCUGCUGUGCCACCAAACCCGGUCAUCACACAACAGGAGAUGAACACAUCCGAGCGAUACGAAACCUUACUGCCAGGACUGGAUGUUCCUCGAACAACAGCUGUGCCACCAAGUGGUCCUGCUUCCCAAUACCCGCCGAGGCCGGACAAUCCCAUUAAUACCACUGCAUCGCACGACAACCAUGUCGUGCCAAUAGCGCUUCUCGGUCAUCAACGUGAUCAAUACUCGGCAACUAUGAAAUACGAGAAGGCACUGAUUGAGCAGUUUCUCGCGGCCACCAACCCCGACCCGGAGCUGGUGAGCAGAGUUGAAAGCUUGGUUGCCCGCAUGCUACAAGUAACACUACACCCUGAUCUUGCGAACGCGGAGGCGCUCACCCAAUACGAUCUUGAGCCGACACAGCAUGCUCAGUGGUCGAUUGACUGCAGCAGCAAGUUCCGCUUUCUGAAGGCGCUGCUUGACGGUCUACGUGACCAGACGCUCCAUAUACUAGUGGUCACGCCACCUGAUAAAACUCUAGAUAUCCUAGACGUCUUCCUUACCGGUAUCACUGUCCGACAUAGACGAGUCGAUGCGAUCACAGAAGCCAGCCUGUCUAUCGAGCACGAGGGAUUGAUGGUGACCAUCCUGUCGACCGCAGACCGCGCACCUAUCCAGCCUUCUCCCGCUGACCUUGUGGUGGCACUAGAACCAACGAUCAGCGCAGCUUCACUAGCGAACCUUGUGGAAAGCUCCGACCCAACGACUUGUGUCACACUCAUUGUGCCUUUCUCGAUUGAGCACAUCGAAAUGUCCAUAUCUGCAGCUAUUGAGGGUACUGCGCGAUUACGCACUCUGAUCAGUGCUGUACAACAGUAUCGCGACGACGCCGGUAGGCUGGGCGAACAUCAGCUGAAGCCUGAUGCGGCCGGUAACGCAUUAGCUGAGUGGCUUGCACGUGGAAACACAGGCGCGGAGUGGCCACUUGCCAACCUCAGUCCGCUUCCUAGCCUGGACAGUCAAACCGAAAGCGAUGCGGACCGUGGAGACAUUGAAGGGACCGACUAUGUUGUCAAUGUCGGAGCGAAGAGGCCGUUCGAUGCUGCUGAUAUUAACGCACCAGGAGAUGCCAUCACAAACAAGAAGGCUCGUUCCGACGGGAUAGUCGUGCUUACUGCAACCAGCGAUGCUUUGCCCGCCACAAUCAAUCCGCAGGAUAUCGAAAUCACGCACAUCAGCGACUCCGUCACGAAGCCCACCCAAUCAAAAACGACAAUGAGCGAAACAGAGAACCGUCUUCGCGACCUUCUGCAGCACGCGCAAGAUCGAUUAGAGGAGCAUGUGCAAGCGCUGAGUGAGCUACAGUACCGCCACGAGGAGCAGCGACAGAGGCUUAUAGAGAUCACAAAGGAGAACGGCAGCGCGGUUGAGACCGCUCGCAGAGCCAUUGCCAGCUUCUCGGACGCUUCGGACAAGGUUUCAGCGCUCAAGGUGCAACGAACAGAGCUCCAGUUACAGCUGGAGGAAGCUAAUGCGAAGCUACUCAACCAUACCGUACCGGAACGUGCAGAGUUCGAGGCCUUAAGGCUAGCGGCGCAGAAGGCUGUCGCCGAGAAGGUUGCAUUUGAGAAGCGGCUCGAAACCGCCAACGGUGAGCUUGACUACCUGCGAGGAAUGUACCAGACAUCGUCGCAAAGCGCACAGGGCCUGGCUACGCAAGUAACCGAGCUAGAAAAGUCUUUAGCAGUUGCGACGAACAGAGCGACCGGUGAGCAGGUAAAGCUGCGCCAGAUGGGCUAUGAUGCUCAGACGAAAGGCCUCAGGGCCGAGAACAAGAAGCUGAAAGCGCUGCUACACGAUCGGGAGGCCUCCAUCAAAUUUAGAGACGAAGAGAUCGCGAAGCUCAAAGAAGCGAGCAGAGGCAGGAUGGGCACUCGAGCGACGAGUGUGCCUCGCAGUCCACGGCUUGGCAGUCCUUUGAAGUUCAAUGGUAGUAGGCAGGCAUCCCCAGCGGUUGGUGAGCACAAAGCGAGGAAUGGUGGGCACUUGCACCCGCUGAGGAACGGCUAGCAGUGGGAGAUGUCGGUUAUACCAUUGCUCAUGCCGUAGAGGUGGUAUGGCCAGUGUCCUGAGCUCAUAUUGCGACGAUGUCUUUCCUAGUGUUCGCACAGCGGUGUUGCAUGUUCCUGCAAUCACGAACUUUGGCAGCGUUGACCCACGAGGCCAUUUCUAUAUUUCAGUCAUACGCUUACUCGAAAAAGACGUAGCAGAGUCUUCACAAGACUCCACGUACAGGUGAAGUCU